UGAUCUUUCAUCCAACCAGUUCUCAGGCAGCAUCCCAACAGCUCGGCAGCAUGCCAUGGCUGGGAUACUUAUAUUUAGGAAACAAUGCGUUCAGUGGCUCUUUUCCUACAGUCUUGAAAACCCUGACCUUCUUGACCUACCUAACUCUCAAUAACAAUCAGUUUAGUGGCACCAUCCCCUCAGACAUCAGCCUGUCUGGAUACAUGGGAGACCUAAACCUUCGAGGAAACCAGUUCAGUGGACCCAUUCCCGAUGGAUUCAGCUCACUUUCGAGGCUCACUCGACUUGACCUUUCAUCGAACCAGUUCUCAGGCAGCAUCCCAGAUGGUUUCAGCAAGCUCAACAAUUUGCAGACCUUGCGUCUCCAGAGCAACCAGCUCUCUGGCUCAAUCCCUUCUAGCAUCGGCAACAUGGACCUAACAUUCCUGUCUUUAAGCAGCAACCUGCUCUCUGGCCCGAUCCCCUCUGAAAUUGGUUCCCAGAAAAAUCUGGUUGCCCUUGACCUUUCAUCCAACCAGUUCUCAGGCAGCCUCCCUGCUAGCUUAUCAGAUCUCAGUAGACUGCAAAGCUUGCACCUUGACAACCUUCAGUUCACUGCCCCUAUUCCUGCUGUGGUCUUCUCAUUGACCGCACUGAAAGAAUUGUCUAUAGUAAACAGCCAAAUCAAUGGCUCGAUCCCUCCAGCUAUCACCUCUCUUUCAAGCCUGGAAAACCUGGACCUGUCCCGCAACCAGCUCUCUGGGCCCAUCCCUUCAAAGCUUUUCUUCCUGGACCGUCUGGUCUCACUGAACUUAGGUUUUAACUCGCUCUCCGACUCCAUCCCUUCGAAACUCAGCUGGUUAUCCAAUCUCGUCUAUCUGGAUCUAAGGCUGAACGACCUUAGUGGACCUCUUCUCCCAGCUACCAUCACCCCUCUGAAGAGUCUCCAGGAGCUGUGGCUUGACAGGAACAAGAUCACUGGAUUCAUUCCAACUGUCAUUGGCACCCUGACCAAUCUUGUGCAGUUGUCUCUCGCCAACAACCUACUGUAUGGAAGCAUACCAGGCGCAGUGACCUUGCUCACAAAGCUCAAGACCUUCGACCUCUCCCACAACUAUUUCACAGGCACAUUCGUCAAACCAGCUAACGUGCUGGCUGUGCUUUCAUACAACUACCUCUCGGGCACUUUACCGUCACAGCCAACAGACCUGCUCGACGCUAACUGCUUCCAACUGUCCCACGGAGAAACCUCACCAGUGCAGCGUCCCGAGUCAGAAUGCCGCGCGUUUUGCGGCAUCUCGAUGGGUUCUGUUGCCCCUCUCUGCACCGGGCAUGGCGUGUGCUACCCUGAUGGGCCUAACCUCGUGCCUACCUGCCUGUGUGAUACAGCACAAGGGUACAGCUUGUUCCGACGGGUCUUUUGCCUUGUCGAUGAAACGGACCUUGUCUCUCCAGUAGAGGAGGAAAUUCUCCCUGCGUCAACCGUGCUCACAGCAGGAACAAAAAAAGAGGCAGUUGGGGUAUUCAACCCAGACCCAGUCCCUCUCUUCAUGUAUGAAGCUGGUCGUGUGUACCCAGGCUGUGGGUUUGAGCUGGCCUUCACUGUCAACUUCACCUUCGCCCUCUCGCCUACCGGCAAGGCCAUUUCCAACGGCUUUGCCUUUGUCGUCUCGGCGACCAACACAGUGGGGAGCGAUGUGGGAGUGGGUUACGGAGGGAUGGACACCCGCAGCAUGGCUAUUGAGUUUGACGUGGUUCAAAACAGGCCGCAGGACGACAUAAAAGACCCGCACGUGGGGGUGAACAUCCAGGGCCAGGAAAAAUCAAUCGCAGCUGUGAAGUCCCCAUUCCCACUCGCCAACAAAAAGCCGUACACGGCAUGGGUGGACUAUGUUCCGGGGGACCCUGGAUUUAUCCGGGUAUUCCUGGCAACAACAGCAGUGAAGCCUGCAAAGCCGCUGCUGGAGGCGCGGCUGUCGCUGUGUGCUGUGCUCAAGCCGGGGCCGCCGCAAGCAGUCCCAGAGCAGCCGCGGGCGUUCUACUUUGGCUUCGUGGCGUCCACCACUGUGAAGCCGUUCAUGAUGCACACCAUCCUCAGCUCUUACCUGCUCACAGGCGCUCCUCCCCCACCUUCAACAGUCAACAUCGUUCCAGCCUACGGUCUUAACGUAUCACUGAACACGUAUGUGCCUGCAAAAGCAAGCCCCUUUCCGCGGUAUGUGAGUGCGGACUACCGAGUGUCGGCGGGACAGAAGGACUCGUGGGUCUUCAGGGACCUCCACUCCUGGGACGCCGUGCCCUUCCUCGGUUGGCCCGUUAAAGAUCAGGGCGAUUGCAACGCGUGCUGGGCAUUCGCAGUGGUAUCAAGCAUAGAAGCAGCAUAUGGCAUCGCGACAAACCUAGAGGCGCCAAAGCUGUCAGUGGACUCGCUCUUCACAGCCAUGGGGUUCACCACUCAGACAGCCAAGUGCAAUGCCGGAGGAUCCCCAACAGAUGCCUUUGAGAAGCUCAUGGCGCUGCCUAAGGGGGCUAUUACCAUGGAAGGCAAUAAGAAAAUCACGUUCCCUGUGCAAGGCUUUGAGCGCACUGCCUUCAAGGGGUAUGUGGGGCUAUUGCUGGCAGUGCAGCGGCAGCCAGUGGUGGUUCACGUUGAAGCCACUGUUGCUUCGUUCGCCAAAUACGACGGGACUUUCAAGUACCAGGACCCAGGCUGCUAUACCGGCAACCUUAACCACGUUGUACUCGUUGUUGGUUACUUCGUUUUGAGAGAUGAUGGGAGCGAGAACCGCAUUGCGCCUCCGUUUUGGAUCAUCCGCAACUCGUGGGGAGAAGAGUGGGGUGACAGAGGACACAUGCGGCUGGACAUUCAGGGAGGGGAUGGCGUGUGUGGCAUCAACGUGCUGCCUGGCAUCUACCCCAUUGUCAAGAUUCCCAAGGACCCGUGUGGCUUGAAGAGCUACAAGGGCGAUGGAGACCUGCAGCCCAGCAUGAACCCGUGCGGUCGCUUCACCUGCACUCCCAACCUCAAGACCAACAACAACAGCUGCAAUUGCACCAUUCCGGAUCAGACCAAGCAGCCUUUUGUCGAGGCUGCAAACGGCUAUGGAAACAUCUGUGUUUAUGUGGACGUGUGUGGGUCGUACUUCAAGAACCCUUGUGCCGUGGGCACAUGCAUCAACGAUGGCAAGGGCUCCUACUCCUGCAUCUGCCCUCCCAAUUAUGUCCCCAGCCGAACCAUCGAUAACUUCCCCACCUGCGACCCAGCCAACACCACAGCCACCAACAUGACAGUGAUCGGUGAAAACUGGCAGUGCACAGACGUGUAUGCGCUUGUUGGAAUCUCCCUCACGCAGUUCACUCAGCAGAACAGAGCCGUAGCAUGCAACAAAGCUUUGCCUAAAGGGACGGUGCUUCAGCUCGCUGAAACUCCCUUCAUCCCCUGCACUGCCUUCUUCUAUGUUCUCAGUGGCGACACAUGCACAUCCAUCGCCAGUUCGAUCAAGCUCACAAGAGACGAUCUCACAGACCUCAACCCCGGCCUUGACUGCACGCAAGCCAUCAAGCCCGGGCGCUCUAUCUGUGUGGAGCGGAACGUAACCUACGCCUACAGCGUGCCUCAGUGCGUGAAAUACGCCACGCUCGCAGCGCAGAGCACGUGCGAGAAACUGCUGCAGGGGUUGGGAUUGCCAAGCACUCCUUCUACCUGGGCUGACCUCUACCGCAAUAACCCCGGGCUGGUCUGCUCCAACACCGUGCCUUUCACCACCUCGGCUGUUGGCAGCAACGUCGGCGUGCCGGUGUGUCUGCAAGCAGACUACUGGCCGUUCCUACUCGGCAAAUGCACCAAGGGCCGGCCCAAGAACGUGUCCCCAUCACUGACUUGUUCUGCUGCUUACAGCUACUAUGGCGGCACUAUGACCCAAGCAGCUGCAGAUUUUAAUACCUACAAUGGCAAUGCAUGUGCUAAGAAUGUAGGGGCAAAGUACAUAUGCGUGCCACGGUAG